AUGGCUCUUUCUAUCUUCCCAAUUAUCCUUGCCAUCUUCUUCUUGUUAGCACUCUUAGCAGUCCCUACCUCCCAACACCAACUACACCAGCAAAACCACCAAGCCCAUAGCGGCGGUGGCGGCCUAAAAUCACUCCAUUUUACACUUUACCUACAAGAAACAUUCAACAAGACGGCCUACUUCAUAGUGAAAGGCGUAGCCGGGCCAAGUGGUAUCACUACAACAUCCAACCCAUUUGGGUCCCUUUUUGCCUUCAACGACCCACUUACCGAAACACCCGACCCAUCCUCCAAGGUCAUCGGCUACACUGAGGGUUCGGCGGUCACGUCUAGCUUUGAUGGGGAACGCACCACUUGUAUCUCAAGGAUCACUUUAAACUUGAAGGGUUACAAAGGUGAACUGUUGAACAUUGGAACAGCUCAUUAUACACAAGUUUCGGAACUCCCUUUUGUUGGUGGAACUGGAGAUUUUAGAUUUGUACAAGGUUACUUGACCACUUCUGUUAUUAGUGUUAAACCUCCUACUACUUGUUAUAAGCUUGACUUUCAUCUCUUUUGGCCUCCUUUUGCGGCUCUUGCUCACUACUAG